GGGUGGCGGAAUUUACGCAGACGACAUUUUUGUUUUUCUUCUUGUUCUUUUUGCGUUCAAUAUUUUUUCGCCGCUUUCGCGCAUCCGAGUUUCGACUCUUGCCCAGUGUGAAAGGAAAAGAAUCACUUGCUCUUUGGAAAGGGGAUUUAAAAUCGUCUGCGUUUUGUGAUGUCGCGGGAUGAUGGGCUGCCGCUACGGUUACAGCUGUGAGAAGAUUCGUCUGCUCAUCAGAGGCCCACCCCGGUGUUGCUGUCAUCGUCUGACGGCGGCGUGGUCGCGCCACCACCCACAGCCUUCAACAGGAUCCAAUUUGAAUGAUGCAUCGGUAAACUCUGUCCGUCAAUGGACGUUGUUCCUGGCAACGACACGGGCCAGCACCAACAUCGGGAGGAGCCUACGGUCGACUCAGGGCCGUCACUGCUCACUGUGAUGACUGCUGGCGUGAACGAACCUCUCCCUCAAAAUACUACAAAGAAGAAGAAAGGAGAGGUUGAAGAAGAGAUGGAAGAGGGUAGCGCAGAUUUCCCACCUUCCAUGACGAUACCUCCACCAGAAGGCACAGGCCAAGACCUACUUGAAGAUGAAGGUGAUGCCUCCAACAACAGUUCUGCCAGUGAUGUGGAGACUUUCAAUGGCAAGAUCGUCUACAAUCCUGACGGUUCGGCUUAUAUUAUCGAGGGGGUGGAUUCCGAGCUUAGCGACGAUGAAUACGGCGGUCGGGACUUGCUGUCUUUCCUACCAGCCGGGAAGAAAGGCAACGUCCGUGCGUCUUCCUCCUCACCACGGACCAGUGCCCAGAGUCCUGUGGAGACUCAGCCUCAAUUGGUCAACGCCCUGCACAUAGCCAGGCACCCGGCCUUGUUCAGCGCAAUGUGUGGACAGGCCUACAACAGUUUCCUGCGGGAGAACAACCACAAAGUUCCUGAAAUACCCGUGAUGCACAGCUAUCGCGUAUUCACUCUCAAAGAUAGGACUGAUUCGGAAGGGACAUCGUCUCCAUCCUCCACAACAACAAGUGUGCCGUCGGACACUCCGUCAUAUUCUAUGUGGGACUGUGGCACAGUGCCGGUCAAGCCCAUACUCAUGUGUUUCAUUUGCAAACUGUCCUUCGGGUUCACCAAGUCAUUCGUGGCCCAUGCUACUGGCGAACAUUCUCUAUCACUGAAUGACGCUGAAAAAGAGCUGGUCUCACGAAAAAAUAUUUCGGCUGUGAUUCAAGGGGUAAGUGCCGAGCCCCUGCUCUCGUUCCUAGAGCCUAUUCCUCCUACCAAUAUUGCCACCUCGUCUCCGUCAAGUGCUCAGAUGGUAGGCGGUGGUAACAAUUGCAUGGGCGAUGGCACUGCCUCCUCAGCGCAUGGCUCAGUCUCAAGUUCCUCUUCUCACGUCGUCCAACCUGCCACCCGGCAGCGUGACGAUCCGCAAGUGGCGUCGUCCAUGGCAGCCACCACAACGGUGGUUUCCGCUAAUAUGUGCCCGGUGACAUCAGUUCCUGAAUUUGUACCUCCCUGCAGCGAAGCGGCAUUGCUUGCAACCUCAACUUCUUCUGCAUUCAAUUCGUCUACGUCCAGUUUUGGUGACAAUUCACUUGUGGCUGAGCUGGAAGACCUUGCGAAUAUAGAAAAGAUGGCUGAGGCUGCAGUUGCUGCUGCAGCUGCGGUCGUGUCGGUUCCUGAAUCAUCUAAGUCCUCACCAUCUCCACCCAUCACAAAUGGAUCCUAUGACACGACAUCGCAUAUCUCAAACCAAAGUAACACAGAGCGGAUGCCAAAUUCCCUGUCUCCUAUCAAAAGCUCAUCCAUUAACAAUCAUCACCAACAACAAACAAGUCCUGUAUCUUGUACCACUAACAGUAUGCUUGAAGACAGUGCGGAAAAUAUUUCACCAAAGAGCACAGCAUCGCAGAAUAAAAGUCCAUCGCCUAUGGCAAUGCCUACAACACCUAUAUCUUUGUCAACGUGCACGCAUCAUCCUGAAGGAAAAAUAAACGGAGUAGAAUGUCCGAAAUGCGACAUGGUUCUAGGGUCUUCGAGAUCGCUAGGGGGACAUAUGACUAUGAUGCAUUCCAGAAAUUCAUGCAAGACAUUGAAGUGUCCAAAAUGUAAUUGGCAUUAUAAGUACCAAGAAACUUUAGAAAUCCACAUGAAAGAGAAACAUCCUGAGAAUGAAAUGACUUGCCUUUACUGUGUCACAAACCAACCUCAUCCACGGCUGGCUCGUGGAGAAACGUAUACUUGUGGAUACAAGCCGUACAGAUGUGAAGUCUGCAAUUAUUCUACUACAACCAAAGGCAAUCUUAGCAUACAUAUGCAGUCUGAUAAGCACAUCAAUAAUGUGCAAGAGCUUCAAAAUGGCAGUUUGACUCAAGAACAUAUAGCUGCUUUGCAACAGCAAUCACAACAGCAGCAGCAUACUCCAGCUGCAGUAGGAUCGCCUUCUUCAGCAGGACUUGGCGUGCCGUCUUCCAAUUCUGCUUCAGAAGCACUUAAAAAAGCUCAAUUGACCCCCAAACCAAAAGCCAACUGGCGCUGUGACGUUUGCAACUAUGAAACAAAUGUGGCUCGUAAUCUGAGAAUUCACAUGACAAGUGAGAAGCACACACAUAAUAUGAUGGUAAUCCAGCAAAAUAUGAAACACAUACAUCAUUUAUCAGCAAUGCAACAAGCCCAGAUGGAUCCAGUUUUUCAGUUUCACCCUGGAUUGCUUAUGCCUGCAGAUGCUCAAUUACAACCUGAAGCUGCGAUCGCAGACAUGGCAUAUAACCACGCCUUGUUAAUGAUGGCAAGCCAGCAACAACAACAUCAACAACAACAGCAGCAGCAACAACAACAACAGCAGCAGCAACAGCAACAGAGAGCAAUGGCUGCAGCUGCAGCGGCUGCUGCCGCAAAUGUUAAACCCCAUCAUUUAGCUCCUAGUCCGAUGAAUCUCUCAUGUCCCCCUUCAAUGGAUUUAGAACAUCCAGACCCAACAUUAAGACCAGAUAUCCCAUAUGAAGAUACCUUCAAAUUGUACCAAUGUUGUGUUUGUACUAUUUAUUCUUCAGAUUCUUUUGAAGCUUUAAGCCAGCAUGUUCAAUUGGACCGUAGCAGAUUGCGUGAAGAUGAGGUAUUAACCGUAGUAGCUGGAACUUCCAUCUGCAAAUUGUGCACUUACAAAACCAAUCUGAAGGCAAAUUUUCAACUUCAUUGCAAAACUGACAAGCAUUUGCAAAGAUUACAUCAUGUUAACCAUGUUAAGGAAGGUGGCCCGAGGAAUGACUGGAAGCUAAAAUAUGUCAAUGUUAGCAACCCUAUUCAAGUUCGUUGCAAUGCAUGCGAGUAUUACACCAAUUCCUUGCAUAAACUGCAGAUACAUUCCACGAAUCCAAGGCAUGAAAGCAAUGCUCGGUUGUUUUUGUUUUUGGAACGAAGUGAAUCUGUUAUACGGACAGAAUUGAAAUCCUACCAUUGCAUGAUGUGCAAUAUAUCGGUAAGGACUAAAGUCAAUCUCAUUCAACAUGUCAAUUCUUUGGCUCAUCUGAGGGCUGAAAACCUUCGGCAGAUGCAAGGCGAAAGUGAGCCAGAUAUGAGAGAAGUUUUUAUUGUGAAAGAAGCCAAACAAGCUACCAGUGAAACACUGAAAAUGGUCGAAGAAGAUAAAGAUUUAAAUAAUGGUGAUAAUGGAAAUGAUGGGAAACUGGUAAUAGACGAACAAAGUAAAGAAGAUAUCAAAAAUUUCAAAAAUUCUGAUUCUUCUAUGCUGAAGCAAGCUUUAUUAGAUCGAAGCACUACUUCUGAAAACGGAAAUGCCGAAACAACCGUUCAUACUUGCCCAUUCUGCAACUAUACUAGCAGCAGUGAAGUUCAGAUACAAAUGCAUGUGGUAGCGCAGCAUUCCCAAAAGCCAUCUACUCUUGCAUGCCCCUUGUGUCAGGAUGGCUUCAGAGAUUGGGGUGUUCUUGAAAACCAUCUAAUAGAUACUCAUCAUGUUAAUAAAGAAGGUGUCAAGAGACUCUUGUCUUUGGUGGACAAAACGGAGUGGAUGGCUGAAAUGGAAACAAAUAAACAGAAUGAAAAGGCAUCGAUUAAGAACGAGGUCAAAACUGAAAAUACUGAAGCAUUCCCACAACAGAAGACACUGACGAAUGGCCCAAGCACUGCUACCGAUCUCAGUAUUUCGUCAAGUAAUAAUGACCUAGAUGAGCCAAUGGAUGUAAAGCAAGAGGUUUUGGAAUUGGAUUGUAGAAGCGAUAGCAGUGAUGGCAAAGACGAUGAGGACUACACAUGUGCUGCUUGCGGCCGUGCAUUUGUACAAGUCGAAGAUUUAUUCUGUCAUCAGAAUGAAGUGGGUCAUCUCGAAUACAAAAAUACUCCGAAAGGCAAUGGCUACUUUUGUUGGAAGAAAGGAUGCAAUCUCCAUUUUCCCACCAUGACGGGUGCCCAGUUUCAUUUCAAAGAGAUGCAUGCACUGAAGUUUAAUGUACCUAUUUCGGAAAGGCAUGUUUAUAAAUUCAGAUGCACACAAUGUAGUCUAGCCUUCAAAACCUCCGAAAAGUUGAAGUUGCACAUGCAGUAUCAUCUCAUACGUGCUGCUACAAAAUGUGUGCUAUGUGGGAAAUCGUUUAGGACUGUACUGGCUUUGCAGAAACAUGUUGAAAUGUCUCAUGCUGAUAUGACCAAAGAACAACUCGAGCAAUAUCGUUCCAGUUUGAUGAAUAAUCCUUUGCUUACCGGUAAUGGAAGUGCAACUGGUGGCAUCCUAGAUCCUCAAACAACUGAGCUACUCAAGAAAGAAACUAGCAGAGAAGAGAUGGAUGAUGAAAUGCCUGAUGAAACAAUCAGUCUUCCAGAUGAUUCUGACAAUAUUGAUGAAAUUAUAGAGGAAGGCAAUGAAAAUAAAGAGCAGCAGGUUUUGGAAGAUUAUAUUAAUAGUCAAGCUAUUGCCGAAGACAGCUAUACUGAUCCUAAUAGGAAAUAUAAAUGCCAUCGAUGUAAAGUAGCGUUUACAAGACAGAGCUAUUUAACAAGUCACAAUAAGACGUUGCUGCAUAGAAAAGGAGAGAAAAUGAGUUAUCCAAUGGAAAAGUAUUUAGAUCCUAACAGGCCCUUUAAAUGUGAGGUUUGUAAAGAGUCAUUCACACAAAAAAACAUACUUCUAGUCCAUUUCAAUUCCGUAUCCCAUCUUCAUAAGUGUAAGCAACUUAGUUUGAAAGAAAACAGUGCUCCUAAUUCAUCUACUUCAGCUCCUAUUUCCAGUACCAGUGUGGGAUCACCAGAUUCUCCAGCGGUAGUUUCGACAACAAGUUCCAGUACUUCUGAAUCAACUCCUACGAAUCUCACGACACAAACGGCCAGUUCGGGAGAAAAUGAGAAAAAGCCAUAUAAAUGUAAUCUAUGCAAAUUAUCUUACAGCCAAGCAUCGACUUUAGACAUUCAUGUUCGAUCUGUUCUUCACCAAUCAAAAGCAUCAAAAAUACAAGAACUUGUCUUGUCAGGUGAAUUAGAUUUGAGUAUUCCACUUGUAGAGCGACCAGAUUCAGGUCCAUCUGCCGAAAAUCCGCCUGUGACAACUUCAGAAAGCAAAAGCACUCCAGCAGAAAGCUCUGUGAAUCUCUCAACAACCAAUUCUCAAGCACCCAAAGCAUCUGAAAUUCCAUCUACUCAAGCAUCUACAACAUCUUCUUCCAUCAUUACACCGGUAACAUCCUCGCCCCAGUUUUCAUUUCCUUUGCAUCCUGAUCAUAAUAAUAUUAUGCAACAAGCAUUAAAUCUAAUGCAACCGUCAGUGAUGCCGGGCCAAAGUCCGCCUUUCCAGUGUUCACGUUGUGGCUCUAUGUGCUCCUCACAGGACGCUUUAAUGCAACAUCAGCAGUUAUAUUGCUUCUUUUCUCAAGCACCUUUACCUCCACUUUUGAAUGCUGCUCCUACAAACCCACAGCAGUCGAUUUUACCAGUAUCGCAAAUGCAACAAAGACAGCAGUCUGAUCGAGAAGAUGUUUCCGAAAAGCAACCUAGAAUACCUUGUGGUGCUUCGGAAUCAUCACCUUCCCCAGCAAUGCAAAUUAAUCACACCAAUGCCCGAAGUCCAACACCUGGUCAGCAGAUGUUUAAGAAUAAGUUCCCUUUCUUGAGACCCAAGCCAUUAAUAUUCAGACACCUCUUAGAAAGUUUUGGUUUUGAUGUCGUUAUGCAAUUCAAUGAAAAUUCUCAGAGACGUCAUAAAAAAGAAAACGAAAAGAAGGAGGAGCAGAAAGAAAACGCAUCUGAAAAUAAAGAUUCGGAAGAGAAAGAUGUUCAAAAGAAGCUUGAUUUGCCAGAAAUCAAUAGAUCAGUGUGUAGUAAAUGUGGCAAAGGUUUUUCAAGCAUCUGGGUGCUGAAAGCACAUCAGGAAGAAGCACACAAAGAUAUAGUUCCCCUUGAGAAUGUAGAAAAGUUUGCUGAAGCAUUCCGUGAGGAUUAUGAGCGGCGAAAUGCAUCUGUACCUGUCAUCGAUGAUGCCAAUAACAUGGCUGAGGCACCUUCGCCAUCAUCUAGUGGGGAAUUGAGUGUAGGUCCUUCAUCAACUCCAGCUACACCAUCGGGUGCAACACCCCUUAAUAUGUCUAAUUCUGCUACUCCACCUGUAACUUCCCUCGGUUCUCAAAUGCCUGAUAUGGCAUCUUCGGUGACAGCCAACCACAUGGCUCAAAUGCAGUUCAACCAGAUCCUUAUGAGCAUGGGCCUUAGCAUGGGAUUACCCAUGCCAAUGAACAUGGGCAUGAAUAUGAACUUGCCAUUUGCUGCCGCUAUGAACAUGCAUCCGCCUCUCAUUCCACUCAUGAUGCCUCCACCUCUAGAUCCUUUGAUGGCUUCUGCAUUUGGUCAUCCUAUGAUGCCAGGGGCAGCCGUCGAUCCCAACUUUUUCGCUGCUCAGCAGAAGAUGCUUCAACAACAGCAACUUUCCCAACAGCAGAAAAGAGCUAGGACUAGAAUCAACGACGACCAACUGAAAAUACUUAGGGCGUAUUUCGACAUCAAUAAUUCACCAACCGAAGACCAACUUCUGGAAAUGUCGGAUAAAUCUGGGCUGCCUCUGAAAGUCAUCAAGCAUUGGUUCAGAAAUACUCUUUUCAAAGAAAGACAAAGAAAUAAAGAUUCUCCCUACAAUUUCAACAAUCCACCUUCUACGUUUUUGAAUCUUGAGGAAUAUGAGAAAACCGGUGAAGCUAAGAUAGUGACUUUGAACGCCGAAAAGCAAGAGGAACAGAAAAACGCUGAAAACUCUGUUCCAGAAAAGAAAGAGCCGUUGCCUCCACCUCCUCCUGAAGUUGAGAAAAAUGAAGAAUUUUCCGACAUUGUAACAAAAGAUGUUAAACAUGAGAAAUAUCCGGCAGCCAAUGAAUGCCAAAAAACGGAGCCUCCACUCCAAAAUAAACGGUCAGAAAAUAAUGUUUCUUUCAACUCUUGUAUGACUUCAUCUGCUCAAGAAAUGCUAAAUAUGUCUGAAGCCAUGAGCUGUGGAGUAUCUGGACCACCUACAUCAAAUGCUUUACUUUCAAUGGAUUUAAGAACUUCUCUAGCCGAUAGUUUCUCUAAUUACAGUAACAAUCCAUUUUCUAGUGUGGCAUCAUCAAUGAUGUCAUUUAUGCCCCCUGGAUCUGUUUCUCCACCGACUUCUGAAUCUCCUCAUUCUACUGGUACGCCUAGUGGAACACCUACACCAUCUUGUUCAUCAUCAGGAAAGCGAGCAAAUCGUACAAGAUUCACAGACUACCAGAUUAAAGUCUUGCAAGAAUUCUUUGAAACAAAUGCUUAUCCUAAAGAUGAUGACUUAGAAUAUUUAUCGAAAUUGUUAAACUUGAGUCCCAGAGUGAUUGUUGUUUGGUUUCAGAACGCCCGUCAGAAAGCCCGAAAAGUAUACGAAAAUCAGCCACCUAUCACAACCGAAGAAGAAAAUGCCGGACGAUUUCAAAGAACUCCCGGUUUAAAUUAUCAGUGUAAGAAAUGUUUACAAGUUUUCCAAAGAUACUAUGAGCUAAUAAAACAUCAGAAAAGUUCGUGCUUUAAAGAUGAAAAUCCGCUUGCUGGUCAAAUCAAAUCAAUGUCUGGUGACGAAAGAUCAUCUCAGCCUGCUACUCCCACACUUCCAACACCAUCUCUUCCUAUUCCACCUCGUCCAGCAGAAAAAUUACCACCUGUUUCGACCAGCAAUCAAAAUGGUUCUUAUAGAUGCGAUAAAUGCAGUCUAGCCUUUGCAAGAUUUGAUCUUUGGAGAGAACAUCAGUUGGUACAUAUGAUGAACCCUACUCUUUUCCCUAGUUAUCAGCCCUCGUCUUUCCCUGUUUUGCAGUACGAUUCGUCGCCAAAUCCUAAUUCUCUUCAAUUAUCACAAAUGAAGCGUAAGCUGUCAGAUGACGAAGAAUCUCAGAGUGACCAUCCGAGAGAUAAGAGACUUAGAACCACUAUUUUGCCAGAACAAUUAGAUUAUUUGUACCAACAGUAUCAAUUGGAAAGCAAUCCUAGUCGAAAAAUGUUAGAAAAUAUAGCACGGGAAGUCGGUCUGAAGAAAAGAGUAGUCCAAGUAUGGUUUCAAAACACUAGAGCGCGGGAAAGAAAAGGGCAGUUUCGUGCUCAUCAACAGGUCAUCCAUAAAAGAUGCCCUUUUUGCCGAGCUCUAUUUAAAGCAAGAUCUGCUCUAGAAUCUCAUUUGGCUACAAGGCAUGCCGAUCAAUACACAAAAGGUGAUAUUAACAUUGAUGCUCUUCCUGAUGGUGAAGGCGAUUCAGAAGAUCCAGAAAGUCCAGGUGAAGAUAAGAUUUCAAAUUCUGCGGCUUCGCCUUCGCAGAGUUUUCCAACCAAUCCAACUGAACUCAAUAAUCAAAUGAAGAGAUAUUACGAAGAUUCAUUGAAAAAAUAUUUCGAUGAAUUGGUUGGUGCUACAAGUAUUAAAGACAACAGCAAGGACAUUUCUGCAGCUGCAGACCUGUCCUUGAGCAAACCCACCGAUAAGAUAUCCUCUGAAAGUCCAAUCAAGGAAUCUCCUCUUGACCUCAGUAAACCUCUGAAGGCUCUGAUGGAGAAAAGCAAUGGAGGGCUAGGUGAAAAAUUCACUCUGGAGGAUGGAACGUCUAGAGGUGGGCUUAUGGAUGAUGCACGUUCUGAAACAUACUCUGAGUCCACGGAUAAUAUGGAUGGAGAAGAAAGUAAUCCGACUUCUCCUUCUAACAGAUAUUCAUCCAGCUCCAAUAAACGUUUUAGGACUCAAAUGACAACGAUUCAGCUGAAGGUAAUGAAAUCCAUCUUUGUAGACUAUAAAACUCCAUCCAUGUGCGAAUGUGAGUCUCUGGGUAAAGAAAUCGGACUCCCCAAAAGAGUCGUGCAAGUCUGGUUCCAAAAUGCCAGAGCUAAGGAGAAGAAAGCUCGUCUAGCUUUCGUUAAAACAUUCGGACAUGAGAUGGAACCACCCAAAGUGAGUGAAGAGUGUACUAUCUGCAAUGUAAAAUAUAACUUAAAGUACUCUCCAUCUACCCUCCAGGAACAUCUUUUCUCCAGGAAACAUAUUGAAAACUUAAAGAUCCACAUUGAUAGUCUAAAGAAGUUAACUGAUGGCCAGGACUCGGAUACGGCGCCGAGUUUUGAUUCCCCUGCGACUCCCAAUCAUGUCUCCAACUGCAGCAAUGCUUCGACAUUGGCAGCCACCAAUUCGACACCGAAGCAGGUGAUGCCCACCAGCAUGUCAGGACUGACUGGUGGACUCUCAAGCUUCUCCAGUGCACCGGACAGGACAAAGAGUGAACCGACCUUCGACUCGCCCGCCGUUCAAAAGAAGGAGACGGUGACCAACGGCGAUCUUGGGGCUUCUUCCGCCAAGGACAACAAACAAGAUGACAAAGAGGACAAUUUCUUGCAAACCGCGAAUUCUUCUCAAGAGAAUCAUAAUCUAGGUGAUUUUAAUCCGCCAACGACGUCCGCAGAGACUUCAACACAGUCUUCGGCGGCAGGACUUUACCCAUUCAUGUACUCUCCAUUUCCUGGUUACUAUAGUGGCAUGCCUGGGACCUUCCUUCACCACGCUAUGUAUCCAGGAGCGCUGCAUGGCGGCGGCAUGAUGUAUGACUCGAACAUGUACAGCAGUCCCCUCUCCCUCCUGCAGCUCCCUGCCUCUGCACUCCCCGAAGUGACAGGCCGCUUAACACAACCUGGCAACUCCGUGGCGCGGUUCUCACAAGAUGGCAAGUCGCUGUCAGAUCUCAGAUCUUUGGUGCCUGAAGCCGAUUUCAGGCAGGCCACCGAAGUGACCGUCGACGUUGGUUUCGUCUGCAAGAAGUGCCACAUGGUGUAUCCCGCCGAGGUGCUCUGUCUCAACCACCAGCGAGCUUCAUGCUUCCAGAACAAACCAGUGUCUGAAAUCAAAGCCACUCUCAAACUGGUGCAGUGCCACGUCGAGUGCCGGGCUUGUAGAGAACGCUUCACCACCAUCAUUGAUUUCAAAUUUCACUGUGACAUGGACCGACAUAUUAAACGUGUUCAGAAAAUACAGCGUGAAGCCACGGCAGCCGCUGUGACUUCGGCCGCCAAUCACUUUACCAACCAGAUGGCGUUAGGGCCCGUCACAAACCCUCCCCUCAACAGCAAUACAUUUGCCAACGAUGGCAACGCUUCAGCUGCUGGAUUGCUGGGCAGGAACGGUAUGGUACCGGACAUGGCCCAGCUAUUCUUUUCUGGGAUGGGCAUGGACUCGAUCCGGUUGGGAAUGGGGUUGGAUCCGGAGUCGAACGACACCAAGAGCAAAACACAACAGGCAGUGGGCUGCGGCGUUGAUACAGGAGUGUCAAUUUCCUAGGCCUAAAAGGCAGCCGAAAGGCUCUAAAAAUCGAAUUAAUUAAAAAUGUUAAUAAAUAAUAAAUCAGUUGUCUUUCAUACGAUGAAGCUUAGUCCAUGAGUUGCCUUCUGGUGACUUUUUUCUAAACCAUCUAAAAGAAUCGCUAAUCGGUGAAUCGGUUGUUGUUUUUAUUCAGUGGCAAUAAUGAACUUAAUGACAGAAAAGCUGUGGUACUUUAAUCAAUGUACGGAAUCAAAUUUUAUAGUAAUCCUCUAAAUGUUUCUAUUGCAUGAAAAAAACACGAUUUUUCUAUGGAGAUUAUAACUGUCAUAAAAGAAAGUUACGAAUUUCAUAUUUAAAUCGUGUUUGGAAGUUUUUAUUGUUUACUAUUUUAAUUCAAAUUUUAUUAAAUUAUAUACUUUCCAAAUGAAUAUAUUAGAGCGAAUUUACUUUCACGCAAAGAAAUUCUGCUGCAUUGCAAAGGCGAGGAGCUAACCAGGCAAACACCAUGGACAUGUUUUGCAGGUUUUUGAAGUUAUUUGAACGUUAAUGCGUCAGUAGAGUUUAUAAAGAAUGAUUUCUGCUUACAAAUCUUGUUCGCGAAUCUAUUGCUUUAUUUUUUGAGCAGAUAUUAAUUUUUUUUUAUGUCUGGGAAUUAAAAAAAAAAAAUGGAAUUCUAGUUUUUGUUCCAUGAACACACAACUGUACAUGACGAAAGUAGCACAGCGCUAACUAUUACAAGAAGUGUAGUAUACGACAGUUUAGAAUAGUAAAGAGGUGGAUAACAGAUACAACGGCCGCCUCUUUUAUUAAAAAAGUAACUGGUGAUAGCAUGAUUGCUUCCCAUCCCAAUGCUCAUUGUCAUAAAUACGUAUGUAGUAAGAAUUAAGGAAUAAAUACGAAUAAAAGAAAAUGAAUACGACUUUUUGUAGCCUAGAUUUUAACUAAAUGUUUGCGAGUUGCUAUUUUGUGUAACAUCAGUUCCCCAGACUAAAUAAAGUAAUGAAACAAUUAUGCCAUCUUUGUCCAUCGGCGAUGUUAGAAGGUCGUGAUACUGAAACAGUCGGCACUUGAACAAUGGUAUCUGCAAAAUGGUCUAAGUACAAUCAUUUCAUUAUGGGAACUGCACUCAGCUAACACCCACAUUAAUUUUAGAAGGACAUGUUGUAACAUGUGAGGCUAAUGUUUUUCCUUUUUGUACAUAGACGUGCCUGGUAUUAUUAUAUAAAAUGGGUAAGGAUUUAGUCAACCGAGCCAAGCUCUUAAAUGAAAACUUUCUAUGGUGUGGACAAGCCUUACCCCACACUGCGCGGCCUUUUCUUUAUCAUUUAGAAGUUGUUAUCAAUGCUACCAAACUAUAUAUAUAAAAAAAUGAUGUUCCUAAGCAGUUUUAUCACAGCUUCUGUCAAAGUUCCUGAAUUUUUUCUACAUCGAAAAAAUUAAAAAAAAAAUGAUAAUAUGGACGAUAAAAUGUUUUUUAAAUCGAUUGUCCAUGUUGUGAAUGUAUAAAUAUCAGUUGAAAUUUUUAAAAAAAUGUUUCAAUACCUUUAUUACGUAAGGUUGAAGGAACGAAUUAGGCAACGCUUUAGGCCUUUCAGUUUCGUUUAUUAAUAUGAAAAUAAAUAUGAAACAAAAAUAAAUAAUAUGAAAGAUGAAGUGAUUUAAAUGAUUUCAUAAAGGGAUUUUCUAAAAGCAAGUAUGGUUUCCUAUCAUUUAGCCCACUGCCAAGAAAUGUGGUUUGCUUCUAAGUCAUUUAAAUCCUUUUCAAGGGUUUAUUUACUGCCGGUUGUUUUUCUGUUAAGAAUUAUGUUCAUUUUCUGUUACAACACAAUUCGUGCUUCUGUUUUAUUAAUUCUUAAAUUAAUAUAUUAAAGAUUAAUCAAAAUUAUUAAAGUCAUCGAAAUUCAAAAUU